AUGCGUACGGCUUGUCUCAGGGCAGCUUGCUCUGCUAGCAGGCUCUCCCGCUCGACGCGUAUAGCCCAGCUUUCGCGCCCACAAUUGCUGGCUGGCUCCCCGCGAGCUGCAACACACUAUGGCCAGCAAUGUCUCCAGAAACGAUUCCAACAAACGGCUGCCGUACCUGCCCCAGACGCCGCGGCCGACGUCUUCAACACCCCUCCCCAGCACACCAGCUCCGCGAAGCCCACCGAAGCGCUCGACACGUUCCCCCGCCGCCACAUCGGGCCCUCAGCGUCCUCAGCAGAAGCGAUGCUCCAAGCGCUCGACCCGCCCGUAGCCAGCCUCGACGAGUUCGUCCGCCAAGUCAUCCCCGCGGACAUUCUGUCGGCGCGCGAGCUGCAGAUCGGGAAGCUGUCGCAGCACCACGAGGCGCAAUGGCAGAGCGACGGUGUGCCCGAGUCAGUCUUCCUCAAGAACGCCAAGCGCAUCAUGGACCAGAAUCGGCCGGGCAAGAGCCUGAUCGGCCAGGGCUACUACGGCACAAAGGUGCCCGAGGUCAUCAAGCGCAACGUGCUUGAGAACCCCGCCUGGUACACGAGCUACACGCCCUACCAGCCUGAGAUCAGCCAGGGUAGGCUGGAGUCGCUGCUCAACUUCCAGACAAUGGUCUCGGAUCUGACGGCCCUUUCUAUUGCGAAUGCCUCCGUGUUGGAUGAGUCGACGGCUGCUGCUGAGGCGAUGACUAUGUCGCUGGGCAUGCUGCCGGUGUCGAGGCAGAAGCGCCCGAAUAAGACGUUCCUCGUCUCUUCGGCGUGCCAUCCGCAGACGAUUUCUGUCUUGUACUCGCGUGCUGAGGGCUUUGGCAUCACGAUUGAGGUCGCCGAUGUGCUCAAGGACAACAGCAAGAGGGUUGAGGAACUGGGCCAGGAUCUUGUUGGUGUGCUGGCGCAGUACCCGGACACGGAUGGAGGGGUCAGCGAUUUCCGUGGUCUGGCGGAUAAGGUGCACAAGACUGGCGCCCUGUUCAGCGUUGCCACCGACUUGCUCGCCUUGACGCUGCUCACUCCGCCAGGGGAGUUUGGUGCUGACAUUGCCUUUGGGAAUGCGCAGCGCUUUGGUGUGCCUUUGGGCUUUGGCGGGCCACACGCAGCUUUCUUUGCCUGCGACGAGAAGUACAAGCGCAAGAUUCCUGGCCGUUUGAUCGGCUUGUCAAAAGAUAGACUGGGCAAUCCUGCGGCGCGACUUGCGCUGCAGACUCGCGAGCAGCAUAUUCGCCGUGAGAAGGCUACGAGUAACAUUUGCACGGCGCAGGCUCUGCUGGCCAACAUGAGUGCCAUGUACGCUGUGUACCAUGGACCGAACGGCUUGACUGCUAUUGCCAAGCAGGUUGUUGCAAAGGCCCGUCUUGUUCAGCAGGCUCUCGUCGAGAACGGCUUCAAGACUGGCAAACGCGGAAAGAUGGACAAUACACCAGCCCUGUUUGACACUUUCCUCGUAGAGACUGGAGACAAGACGGAUGCAAUCAUCGCCGACCUUGACCGCAGCCAGAUUCUCGUACGAAAAGUAGACGACAGCCACAUUGGCAUUUCUGUCGACGAGACAACUACAUCCAAGACCAUCACUAAACUACUUGAACCUUUCCGAAAGCUCGGCAAGGGCGACAAGACGUCAUUCUCUACAGCUAUCGAGAUAGAGCCACCUGCGCCGUUCAAGAGGACUAGCGAGUUCCUGACGCAUAAGGUUUUCAAUUCACAUCACUCGGAGACGGAGCUUUUGCGGUACAUUCACCACCUUCAGUCCAAGGAUCUUUCCCUCGUUCACUCCAUGAUUCCGCUUGGAUCGUGCACAAUGAAGCUCAAUGCCACUACAGAAAUGGCACCAGUCUCUUUUGAGUCGGCAAACCUCCAUCCUUUCCUACCGCUGGACCGAGCUAAGGGGUAUCUCGAGAUGAUCAAGCAGCUAGAAGAUGAUUUGGCCAACAUCACUGGUUUCCACUCGGUCUCACUGCAACCCAACUCUGGCGCCCAAGGCGAGUUCGCAGGUCUCCGCGUUAUCCGCAAGUACCUGGAGCAGCAGCCCGGGAAGAAGCGAGACAUCUGCCUGAUUCCUGUGUCUGCGCAUGGCACCAACCCUGCCAGUGCUGCGAUGGCUGGUAUGCGAGUUGUAGCCAUCAAGUGCGACACAGCUACCGGCAACCUGGACAUGGCAGAUCUAAAGGCCAAGUGCGAGAAGCACAGCGAAGAACUCGGCGCCAUCAUGAUCACCUACCCCAGCACAUUCGGCGUAUUCGAGCCAAAAGUAAAGGAAGCUUGCAACCUCGUCCACCAACACGGCGGGCAAGUGUACAUGGACGGAGCGAACAUGAACGCGCAAAUCGGGCUCACCUCCCCCGGCGAAAUCGGCGCCGACGUCUGCCACCUCAACCUCCACAAGACAUUCUGCAUCCCACACGGCGGCGGCGGCCCCGGCGUAGGCCCCAUCGGCGUAAAAUCGCACCUCUCGCCCUUCCUCCCCGGACACCUGCGCAACGAAACCGGCGGCGCGCAAGCCAUCCACCCCAUCAGCGGCGCCCCCUGGGGCAGCGCCAGCAUCCUGCCCAUCAGCUGGUCCUACAUCAAGAUGAUGGGCGCCGUGGGCCUGACCCAAGCCACCAAGAUCACCCUGCUCAAUGCAAACUACAUCCUCUCGCGCCUGCGGCCCCACUACCCCAUCCUCUACACCAACGACCAAGGCCGCUGCGCCCACGAAUUCAUCCUCGAUAUCCGCGGCUUCAAGGAGUCAGCGGGCAUCGAGGCCAUCGAUGUCGCGAAGCGGCUGCAAGACUAUGGCUUCCACGCCCCGACUAUGAGCUGGCCCGUCGCUAACACGCUUAUGAUCGAGCCCACGGAGAGCGAGAGCAAGGCGGAGUUGGACCGCUUUUGCGACGCGCUGAUUGCGAUUCGCAAGGAGAUCGCGGAGGUGGAGCGGGGUGAGCAGCCAAGGGAGAAGAAUGUUCUGAGGAUGGCGCCGCAUUCGCAGAUGGAUCUUAUUGUUUCUGAGUGGGAGAGGCCGUAUGGGCGGGAGAAGGCGGCGUAUCCGUUGGGGUAUCUUAGGGAGAAGAAGUUUUGGCCUAGUGUUACGAGGGUGGAUGAUGCGUACGGCGAUACAAAUCUCUUCUGCACGUGUGCGCCGGUGCAGGGCGAGGACGGGGAUAUUACCGGGGCGGCGGCGCCGUCGCCGACGUAA